AUGAAGGUUACGAGCAUCACGGGGGUUCAUAUCUUCACAUAUGCAACCGCUUAUUUAACCUUUUCAAGUCGAUAUUAUUUCAAUUCAACCAACAACGCAGCUGCCAGUAACUACAUUUCCACCUCGGAGUCAAUUUGGAAUUUAUCGUAUGCUCCUUAUGAUGUUAAUUGCCCAAACUAUAAUUUAGUACGAAAAGCCAAUGACACAAUAUGUGACCGUGAGGUAGAAUAUAUACGAUGUCGUAAUAUCAAAACUGAAGCACAAUUGAAAUCGUUGCUAUAUAAGAAUGAAAUACCAAAUUUUGAUAUUGAAUUAUUUUGGAAAACUAAAAAAACUCCAACGAUUAUUGCUAUAGCUGUAUCGGGUGGUGGGUAUCGAUCAAUGUUGUCGGGAGCUGGUAUAUUAACUGCUUUAGAUGAUCGAGAAGUGAGCAACUUGACUCAUGUUAGUGGAAUAUUACAAGCAUCGUCCUAUAUGUCAGGGAUAAGUGGUGGAGCAUGGUUAGUUAUGUCACAAUUUGUUAAUGAUUGGCAGAGAGUCAGUGACAUGAUACAUGGCGGAGCAAAUGGAUGGAAUUUGAAACAAAGUUUACUUGAAGGUAUGCCUGAAGUGAACGAUAAUGUACGACGAAAGAAUAAGGGGAAAGGUGCCAACAAGACCAAAGACAAAUCGGGAUUGGGGUUGAUGAAAUUGUUUAGCAAGUCAAAAAAGGAGAAGCCUUCAAGUUGGGUAACAGCAUUAUUUGAUCGAGAUAAAAACUCAACGAGAGCAACUUUAUUGAAUGAAAAAAGCGUCUUGGAGUAUCUAAAGUUUUAUAAAGAAUUAUUGGUUGAAGUGAGAGAUAAGAAGAAAGCUGGGUUUUCAGUAGGGUUGACUGAUUAUUGGGGACGAGCAUUGGCUCAUAAAUUAUUCACUACAACUGCCAGAACACCAGGAGUGACAAUGACUGCAGUAGUUAAGAAUUCAGCACUGUUUAAAAAUUUUGAUCAGCCGUUUCCCAUCAUUGGUGCCAUUGCCAAGAAUCCAAUGGAUACUGAUACAACUAGUAACGAUCCAUUACAAAAAAUGUCGAGUACGAAUAGUUCAAUUUUUGAAAUAACACCAUUUGAAUUUGGAUCUUGGGAUGGGGCAGUUAAUGCAUUUGUCGAUAUUGAAUACAUAGGACUGACAUUGGAAAAUGGUAAACCCAAAGGAGUAAAUGCAAAUGGAACAAGUGUAUGCAAAUCAGGAUUUGAUAAUGUUGGUUUCCUAACUGGCACAUCAUCAUCAUUAUUCAAUCAUAUCUUCAAAUUUAUGUUCAAUUAUUUUGCUGAAAAUCAACUGGGUAUAAUAACAUCCAUUGAGAGCAUAUUAAAAUUCUUUGGCGUUAGUAAAGUCAGCGAAUAUGAUACGUUUGGCAGUCCACAAGCACACCCUGAUCAUGCAAUAUAUUCACCUAAUCCAUUUUGGAAGUUUGGUCGUGGACAUUUCUCCAAUAGUAAAGAAUUGUAUCUUGUUGAUGGAGGUGAUGAUGGACAAAACUUGCCUUUCCAACCAUUGAUUAGGAAAAAUCGUAAAGUUGAUUUGAUCAUGGCUUACGAUAUGAGUGGGGAAGACAUGAAUUAUCCAAAAGGUUCGGUAUUGCAAGAAACUAGUAAACGAUUUGUCAAUACUGGUAGGAAUUCUACAUCGGGAUCACAAAAGAUACCAUUUUUUAAAGUGCCUAAUGGUGUGAUAUCUAGAAAAGAGGAGACACCGGUUAUCAAGUCAAUUUUCCCUAAAGUACCAACCACUGAUCAAUUAAUCCAAGAUGGGUUAAACCUACGACCCAUUUUUCUUGGGUGUGAUAUAAUUGAAGAUUUUGAAACAAUGAAUGUGAAAAGCAACAGCAGUGCAAUGGUCUACAAUGAUGAUUACUUACCACCUAUUAUAAUGUAUCAAGCAAAUUUCAACUAUACCCAUCAACUGAAUUUCUCUACAUUCAAGUUGAGUUAUAAUGAAACUGAAACUGACGCUAUUGUUGAUAAUGGGUUCCAAAUGGCUUCAUUUUAUAAUUCAUCGUUAUAUGCUGUUUGUUUAAAUUGUCUAAUAUUGAAACGAGAGUUUGAUAGAAUACGGUAUGGGAUACUGAAAAAUACGGGUGUUGUCGAAGAAGUACCUAAAUUUUGUCAAACUUGUUAUAAGAUAUACUGUUGGAGAGAGAAUAAUCUGGAAUAA